AUGGCUAACAACGUGACCGCUACAAAAGAGGCUACCAAGCGUACAUUCACCUGCAGUUUCUUUCGUGAGGAUAUGACACAUCUGAUUCAGUUGAGCACUUUAGUUACUGGGCGUAACUUGGAUGAGUUCAGGAAGACAUAUGGCCAUAUCUUACACAUGUUAACUUCUCGGGUUGAUGAAUGGGCUCUAUACACACUUCUUCAGUUCUACGAUCCUGAGUUACGAUGUUUCACCUUUCUUGAUUACCAACUGGCACCAACCCUUGAAGAAUAUGCUGACAUCCUCAAGAUUAAGGUUCAACAUAGGAUCCCUUUUCCUAAUGGUGGAACCCACGGAUUCCAUGUGAAAUUUCUGAUAAAGAAGGCCGACACCCUUGCUGUUGAGAAGAAAUGGAAAGAAUUCAACGCUCUCCUAGCCGUUAUUAUCUAUGGUUUGGUGUUGUUCCCGAACAUUCCGAAUUUCGUCGAUCUAACUGUUGUUUGUCUCUUCAUGGAUCAAAAUCCUGUGCCCACUCUUUUAGCAGAUACUUAUUAUACCAUCCACUCCAGGUAUGGGAAGAAAGGAUCAGUUGGGGGUUGUUUACCGUUGCUAUAUGAGUGGUUCACUUCACACUUGCCUAAAAGCGGGCCGUUUGUUACAACAAAAGACUCACAAAAAUGGCCUCAAAGGAUCAUGGGGCUUACUGAAAAUGACAUCGUCUGGUGUCCUACUGGAAUGGGCAUAGAGGAAGUUAUAACUAGUUGUGGCACUUUUGACAAUGUUCCCCUCAUAGGAACGAAAGGUGUUAUCAAUUAUAAUCCUAAGCUAGCGCUACGUCAGUUGGGUUUUGCAUUUAAAGACAAGCCUUUGGACAAAGAGAUAUUCGAAUCCAUUUGCUUUGAGAAAGGAACUGGUCCAGAGGGAUUGGAAAAAGUAAGAAGCACCUGGAAUUGCAUCCACACAGAUGACCAGACUUCCCUAGGUGAGAAGAAUGCCGUUGCCAACCAAGCCUAUACAAAUUGGGUCGAAGAAAGAGUUAAAGAUCGCCUGUUGCCUUUCCCGAAGGUUAACCCACUGUACGAGCAACCACCUAAGGUUCCAAAUGCCACUAUGCCUGCUGAGAAUUGCAUCCAAGUGAAUAUGGAAAGCACCCAAUUGCACGAAAAGAGGUCAGAUGCGCGACCAAAACAUCAUCUUGUGGACCAAAUAAGGGUUGAGUUGACACAUGAAGCCAAGGUGCUGAAAGAAGGAUCUUUGAGAGUUCAAAAGAGGGCUAGAACGGAAAAAGGUGAAAGAGAUACUGCUGUUGUUGUUGAGGAUCACCAGGAGAUCAUAAAAAGGGCCGUAAAAGAGGCAGAAGAGAGACUCAAGCGAGAGUACAGAGAAGACUUGAAGGCUUAUAAACUCAAGAUAGAAAGGGAGGCUAGAGCUGAAGUGAGGAGUCUGAAAAAGAAACUGGAAGAAGAGACCACCCAAAGGAUAGCGGUUGAGACUCAGUUGAAAGGAAGUCACCUCCGCACUGCCCGACUAACAGAAGAAAAUGCCAAGCUCAGAGAUCGAAUGAUGGGUAUGGAGGACUCAUUUAGGAUAGUUUGGGAUCGUCUCGUGAGAGCCGUUGAGUUGUGGCAUAAUCUUGUGGUUUAUGUUCGUAAUGUUAGAGUGUGA